CUUCGUACUUGUAUGUAUACUUGCAUUUGAUAAACCUCACGAUAUAACGUUCUAUAUCCUCUGAAAAACAAAUCAACACACACUGUGGCUGAGUGCAUAUACAAGUGUUUCGAAGAUUUCGGCUGGCCAGCUAUUGUACAAUCCUUCCAAAGUUUUAAGCAACUCUACAUACAAAGAUUUGAUAGAGAUACCGCACUUACUCGCUUGAGUAAAAGUCUACCAUGGUACGAAUUUCUAAUGAGAUGGUGCAAGAGGCGCCUCAAUUUCUCAACCCGUUAAGAGAGCGCGAAAUCGACUUACGAAACCAGAAGAUACCUAUCAUAGAGAACUUGGGUGCAACACUUGAUCAAUUUGACACUAUCGACCUCUCCGAUAAUGAUAUUACACGCUUGGACGGAUUUCCCGUUCUCAAGAGGCUUAAAUGCUUGUUUUUGAACAAUAAUCGUAUAUCCAUAAUUGCCACACUCACGCCUUCAAAGAUGGUGGGAUUAGAAGAGCUGGUACUAUCUAACAACAACCUAAAGGAAUUCGGGGAUAUUGAAUGUAUCGCCAAAAUGGAGAAUCUUCGUCGACUGAGUUUAAUGCGGAACCCUAUCACGGCAAAAAAAAACUACAGGUCGUAUAUGAUUUUCAAAAUUCCGCAAUUGAUCAUGCUGGAUUAUAAGAAGAUCAAAGAUAAGGAGAGGGAACUGUCCAAACAAAUAUUUGGAGGUGAAGAGGGAGAGAAGCGCGUAGCACAGCAGGUCAAGCACACUAAUGAGGAGGAUCUGGACGGCGACGCUAAGGUCGAUGCGGCGGAGUUGGAAGCUAGAGUGGAAGGUCUUACAGCUGAACAAGAAGAAAAAAUCAAGACGGCAAUUUUAAAUACCCAAUCAUUAGACGAGAUUCGUCGACUAGAACAAAUAUUGCAAUCCGGUAUCAUACCCGAGAGUGGAUUACAAUUAGACGGAGAUGUGGAUGACGAAAUGGAAAGCUGAUUCAACCCAAUUUAGAAAAUAAAAUACAACAUAUAUCUCCCUUUUAUCGUUAUGUUACCGGAAUGUCAAGAUAUAAUACAACGAUAGCUCAAGGUGUAUAUAGUUGC